AUGGAAUAUUCCACACCGAUUGUAACGGAUUUACGCCGAAGGACUUUAAUAAUGAACAUGAACGUUCCGAAUUUGUCCCCUUUAAGAAAAUCCAUGUCUGCUAACAUAGACAAAUCCCUAAUGGAAGAAUCAGACGAUGGAAAAGAACGAGCAGAAAGGAGGGCGCAAUUGGAAAAACAACGCCAUUUAAUGUCCAUACAGAGCCCCAUCGAAGACAGCCCUGUUUUAGGCAGAAAGUUCGCUUUAUACAUGAACAUGUUCAUCGAGAACAAAAUCUCGGCAAAGAACGCCUGGUCCGUUCGCAUAACGGAAAUCCUGUCGCCCUUGUGCCGGAAGAACCGUCCCGAUCAGCUCCAAAUAGCCGGGACAUCUCUGGACAUCAGCGCUAAAGUCUUUUCGAUCAGAGUGGACAGUACUCAUUCUAUGGGGUUGAAUUUGGCCACCAACAUGGUCCGAUCGUCCGAUAAAUUGUCCAAUGAUAACGAUAACGAAGUUAAUGAUGACGAAGGACAAGAUAUGGAUGAAAAACGGGCAAAGCCAGCCAAGGUAAUAAGAAAGAAAAAGAUCAACAUGGGCCAUAAAACAACGAUAGUAAAGGGCAACAAAUUGACGAUAGAUAAAUUGCCUAAAUUAGAACCGGUUACUUUUACUUCGAGGAUUAAAACUGAUAACGAUAGUAUCGAGGGAUUCGUGAGCAGCAUUAUAAAACAACCGCUUGAUUGUUAUUUAUUAAAUAACUCGCUGUCGUACUUCAAAGACAAAACCGACAAAACGUUGGAAAACAUCGAAAAUAUCCCAUCGAAUUUGCUAAAAGAAAUAACAAUUCAACCUUGUGCUAACAAAGAACUGUACGAAUUCAUCGAGAAGAACCUCGACGAAGAUUCCGAUUUGACCGAAAUGUUGGAUUUUCAUCGAGAUUUGGAGAAUUCGCUCGUGCCCGAAUUGGACGGUUCAGUGAACACAUCUCUGAUGCCCGUCGAGGAUGAUGCCGGAGCGGCCGAUGAUGUGGACGGAGAAGAAGCAGCUGAAAACGAAGAUAGAUUCGCCGGGAACGCGGCCGAUUGGAAAUCCCCGGAAAGGAUAGUGGACUUUAGGGCGUUGGAUCACGAAGUCAAUGGCUUCGCGAACGUGAUGCCUUCGGAAUAUUCCUUUAAUGUUGUCAAUGUCGAAUCGAACGGGCAGUACAUCGAGCGUAUUUGGGCCGGUCCGAAUCAUUGGAAAUUGAAAUGUUUGAGACCUUCCAGAAGCGUGGGAAAAUUUUCCGGAAAGGAAAACUUGAAUCCUGCGGGUAAGAAAAAGAGAAAAUUAAAAAAUUCGGAAAUGGUGGAGUUGAAGUCGUUGGAAGAAGAAUUGGCCGAUUUCAAACCGAUCGAGUUCAAUAAAAAGGCGCAUGUAUCGAAGAAAACCGGUUUGGUUGACGAAGAUCAAAUUACGUUACCUUUGAUGUUAUUCACCGAUUUGGAAAAAAUCAACGACGUAAAUUUAAUGUUGAAACCGUCUUUUUGUCCUAUCUUAAGAAGGCCAACGAAUUUCGAAAAUGAAGCCAGAAACGGCGAAAUAGAUAGAGAGAACGAUUGUAACAUAAAUCCCUAUAAUUACGAAAACCCCGAGGAUUCGAUGUAUUGCUCGCAAGGAGAUAAUAACGAUCAUAAUGAUUAUAAUGAUGAAGAUGUAGCACAGGAAGAUAUCGGAAAUUAUGCUGAGAAUAUGGUAGAGGCGCCGGAAAUGGUGCAGAAAAACAACAUCGGAUUCGCUUUGAAAGCCAAAAAAAUCAACAUGGGGAGAUUGAAAAAGUCCAUUUGGUCAUUUUUGACGGAUAAAUCACCAGAGGACUCUGACGAACCUGUAGAUAAAAUGGCCGACGUGAAAUCCUUCUCCGAAGUCUACCGAAUAAUUCCGGAUCAAUUACCGCUUCAGGAUAGAACAAAUUGCACGGCAGCAGUGGCGUUUUUGUCGCUGUUGCACUUGUGCAACGAACACAAUCUACAUUUGGAAUCGAUGCAAAAUAGAAAAGAUUUAAAAAUUUGCCAAAAUUAA